AUGGUUGCAGAGGAAGUGAUAAUUACACUGUCUGGUGGAGCACCAUGGGGCUUUCGUCUCCAGGGAGGUGUGGAACAUCAGAAACCACUUCAGGUGGCUAAGGUACGUAAACGCAGCAAGGCAUGCAGGGCUGGGCUACGGGAAGCUGAUGAGCUGGUGUCUAUUAACGAACAACCAUGUGGGACACUUUCCCACGCCCAGGCCAUGGACCUCAUUGACAGCUCCCCUGGGUUAUUACACAUCAGGGUCAAAAGGGUGCCUGCUGGUUUUCAGUCCGUGGUGCUUGUGACCCGCCCAUCUCCCCGUAUAGACAAAGAGUAUCGUGCUGCUCCUGCCAUGUCGCCCACCCACCAUCACCAUGCACCUGUCCGGGAGGUCCACCGUAGCCACUCCUCUAUAACCAGUGGAUUGACAUCCCCUCCUGGUAGUGAGGCUUAUUAUGGCGAGACUGACAGUGAUGCAGAUGUGGCUGGCUAUGAGAGGCAGCGGCGGCAGAAACGCCGUAGUCCCAGCAAUUCCAACCCUAUGAAACCAUCAGGACGAACCUCCCCUGAGGGCGGGGAGACAUCGAUGAGUGGCUAUGACAGUGCUCCUGAUGCACAUGUUUACCCUAGUUUGCUGGCUGGACGUGGGACGGAUGGAGAUGGAGGAGGAGGACUACCAGGGGUGGCAAGAAGGGAGGUGAUUUACCAGCCUCCUGGUCCAGGAAUGUGGUUCCAGACAUCCACUGAGACGUCUUCCAUCAUCUCAGCAGAUGACCAGGGGCCACGUGAUGGAGGGCAAGAGGAGGAUAGUGGCUUUCUAGAACCAUCCAACGUGCCACUGGUCCCUGAGAGGGCAAAAGAGGCACUGAUGCUAAGUUCCCGCAGCCAGCUGGUUCCGAGUGGUCCUUUGAGUAAACCUAUUGAUGAGGAGCUUACUACAACCUACGUGGAAAAGGCCAAGCAAGCAAAACUAAACCGAGGGGAUACACCACAGGACAAGCAUGUAAAGGGCAAAAGCAAGUGUCGUACGAUUGCAUCCCUACUGACUGAUGCACCUAACCCUCACUCCAAGGGGGUCCUGAUGUUCAAAAAGAGGCGACAGCGGUCCAAGAAGUACACCCUCACCAGCUUCGGCAGUGUGGAUGAGGAUAGGUGUCAGGACUCACAAGAGGAGGAUAGUAUUCCCUGGCAGUGAUCCGAGUUUGAUGAUGAUGCCUUCUCAGCAGUCCCUGACCCAACUUGGGAUAGUGACUACAUUGAUAUGCUAGAGAAGAGGGCAACUGCAGGCACUGAAGGUAGAGGAGAUGGGGCGGAGGAUGCUCCAAGUCCAGGGUUGAGUGACACUACAGGCAAGGGCGCUCAGUUGUUUGAGCAGCAGAGAAAGAGGGCUGCUGAGCAUGCCAAGAAGGUAGAGGCAGCACAACCUCAGACUAAUCCACAGUUCCGAGUCCAAGAGCAGUCUCAAAUAUAUCCAGAGAUGGUAUGUAUACAGAUGCAACCAAUCCUCCAGGCACCACAGAUGUUACCAUCAGGUCCUUCAACCCUACAGCAAGAGCCGUCUCAGGUUUUUGGCCCGGUUGCAGCCCAUGGAAUGUCUAAUGGGGACCUUUCCUCCUCUGCAGUUAGUACUGCUAGUAUGGUGAUGUCACCUCCGCCCGUGGCACCCAAACCAGGCACUGGCACAGUUACUGUUCUUACUAGACCUGCACCACCAGCUGAAACACCAUUACCAGAACUACCUGCAAGUAAUGUUCUCAACAGAACAGCACGUCCUUUCACUCCUGGCUAUAGCAUUAGAGCAGCAACUGCCCCUGUAGCUUUCCGGCCAUCUGUGACAAAGACAAAGCGUCCGGCCUCAGCAGCUGUUGUGCAACCGCCAUUCUCCACUGCUUCUGAACUACCUUAUGCCCCAUCGUUAAUGUCACCUGGUCCUCUGUCAGUGUCCUACCAGUCAUCCUCAGUACCUCAAGGUUCCUUGGCACCAGCAACAGAAGCGUCUGUUCCCUUUCACCCUCUGGCAUACUCUACCUCUGUGGAGAAAAUCCAGUUAUCACCAAUAACUACAGUUCAACAGGCUCCAUUUGCAACUGUUCCCCACAUGCCUAUACCUUCAAUGCCAAUAGCUCCCCAACCCUCGAUGGCACCAGUCCCUGUUCCUUGUGUACCAUAUAAUCCUGGUUUAACUGACCUAGUUGCCCCAGUGCAUCUACCUGAAGCCAUCCCAUCACAGUAUUCUAGGGCACCUGUAGCUCCUGUAUCAGUGGUGUCCCAACCAGAAGCUGUAGCUCCAACACCUGCCCCUGGUCAGACAAGUAAAACAGGAAUCUUACUUGAGGCACGUCGGCGCACUGGAAAACCCAAACCAAUGUUUCAUGUACCAGAUCACAAAAAAUUACCCAAUCCUGAACUACUGUCUAUGGUACAGAACCUUGAUGACAGGUCCACACGACACAAAUAUGGCCAACCACAGUCUGAAGGAAUUUAUGAUGGUUUAGAAGAGGAGAGAAGUGGUGAGGCUAGCAUGGGAAGGGCACCUCCUCCAGUUGCACCCAAGCCUCGGGUCAUUCAAGAGGCCCCACAGUUUCUUCAAGCAGGCGGUAAAGGAGCCCAGCUGUUUGCCCGCAGGCAGAAUCGUAUGGGUAUGUAUGUAGUGGAGAGCCCACCCGAGACCCCUUAUCAGCAGGAAUUGGCCUCCCAAAGUGUGGCUCAACCAUUUGACUCCUCUGACUCUCCUACCACUCCCUCUCAGUGGAAAUACUCCCCGAAUGUCCGUGCGCCUCCACCUAUUGGGUACAACCCACUCCUGGCCCCGUCCAUCCCUUUAGGGCCUCAGAGGGAAACUGCCAAGCCAGACAGCAGAGGUCGGGGCUCCCAAAAAGAUGGCAUCAAAGCUCUGGAUUUCAUGAAGCAGCCCUACCAGCUUAACUCUGCCAUGUUCAACUAUGGGGGCAGUGCUGCUAAUCUGUCAGCCAUGCCUUCCUAUCAGGCUCAGAGGCAGCAGCAAGGGAACACAAUGGUGGGCAGCUCAUUAACCCCACCAAAGCAAAUCCCUGUUAAAACAGCCCGCGUCUUUGAGGUCAAACGAUUCUCAACACCCACACCCAUGUCAGCUCCCACUCUGACCCCCAAAGUGAUUGCACCCCGCUCAGCCACCACCCUUGGAGAACGCCUCACUCAUUCCAGGAUUUCCCCUCCUCCUUCUGAUUUCACUCCUACCCGACCCCCUUUCUUGUCUGAAGCACCAGUCAAUGCCCCAACUUCAGCUACACCUCACCAACCAGGUGGACUGCCCAGCCUGCCCAAAUUUUCUGCCGGCCCAUUUCAAAACCCUGUACCCCCCUCAGUUCCUAAACCUUACACUCCAGUGUCAUACAACAGUGGGCUCCAGACAGCGAAGCAGUUCCAAGCUCCUGAGCUUAGUAUCCUUGCUUCUUUGCCCCCAAUCAGAUCUGACCCAGUUCAGGCUCCCAAACCACGUUUUGUUGCCACUAGGGGAGGUGUCCAGCCCCAUGUUUGGAGGCCAGGGGCACUGUAA